AUGGGCGCCGGCGGCCCCCGGCGGGGCGCGGGACCCCCAGACGGUGGCUGGGGCUGGGCCGUGCUGGGUGCCUGCUUCGUGGUCACCGGUUUCGCCUACGGCUUCCCCAAGGCCGUGAGCGUCUUCUUCCGCGCGCUUAUGCGCGACUUCGGCGCGGGCUACAGCGACACGGCCUGGGUGUCCUCCAUCAUGCUCGCCAUGCUCUACGGCACCGGUCCGGUCUCCAGCAUCCUCGUGACCCGCUUUGGCUGUCGUCCCGUGAUGCUGGUGGGUGGGCUGCUGGCCUCGGCGGGCAUGGUCCUGGCAUCCUUCGCCACGCGCCUCUUGGAGCUGUACCUGACCGCCGGGGUGCUCACAGGCCUGGGCCUGGCCCUCAACUUCCAGCCGUCGCUCAUCAUGCUGGGGCUGUACUUCGAGCGGCGGCGGCCCCUGGCCAACGGGCUGGCGGCGGCGGGCAGCCCCGUGUUCCUGUCGGCGCUGUCGCCGCUGGGCCAGCAGCUGCUCGAGCACUUCGGCUGGCGCGGCGGCUUCCUGCUGCUCGGCGGUCUCCUGCUGCACUGCUGCGCGUGCGGCGCCGUCAUGCGCCCGCCGCCGCCGGGGCCCGGCCCGCGACCUCGCCGGGACAGCGCGGACGACGCUCCGGGGGACGCGGAGGCGGAGCGCGGGGGGCUGCGGCUGCGCGAGGCGCCCCCUGGCGGCCGCCCCCGCCGGCGCCUGCUGGACGUGGCCGUGUGCGCCGACCGCGCCUUCGGGGUGUACGCCGUCACCAAGUUCCUGAUGGCGCUCGGGCUCUUCGUGCCCGCCAUCCUGCUGGUGAACUACGCCAAGGACGCGGGCGUGCCGGACGCCGACGCCGCCUUCCUGCUGUCCAUCGUGGGCUUCGUCGACAUCGUGGCGCGGCCGGCGUGCGGGGCCCUAGCGGGCCUGGCGCGCCUACGGCCCCAUGUCGCCUACCUCUUCAGCCUGGCGCUGAUGGCCAACGGCCUCACGGACCUGAGCAGCGCGCGCGCGCGCUCCUACGGCGCCCUCGUCGCCUUCUGCGUCGCCUUCGGCCUCUCGUAUGGCAUGGUGGGCGCGCUGCAGUUCGAGGUGCUCAUGGCAGCCGUGGGUUCGCACCGCUUCCCCAGUGCGCUGGGCCUGGUGCUGCUGGUCGAGGCCGUGGCUGUGCUCAUUGGACCGCCCUCUGCUGGCCGCCUGGUGGACGCCCUGAAGAACUACGAGAUCAUCUUCUACCUGGCUGGCUCGGAGGUGGUCCUGGCCGGGGUCUUCAUGGCUGUCGCCACCAGCUGUUGCCUGCGCCGCUCUCUGAACCCCCAGCCCAGCCAAGGCACCGAGGGCGAGGCCAGCGACACUGAGGAUGCUGAGGCCGAAGCGGACUCUGGGGCUCUGCCCACGGGGGCUGAAGAGCCUGGCAGCCUCAAAGCCCGGGAGGUGCCCACCCCCGGGGCUGGGCCCACGGAACCAGAGGCAGAGGCAGAGCCAGGGCUGGACCCCAAGUCUGUAUAG